AGUUGUGAAUGAUGUUUAAUUCAAUGAACUAGGACUGGUCUAAAAAUAAAAUGUAUCUAUUCGCGGAGGUGGAACUGGGCCAUCCCACCCCAUCGCCGCCUGGCCGCACUGGGUGCAACUGAAACCAAGUCGCGCGUCUGUCUCUACAUAAACAUACUUUAAGCAUCGCCAAAGAUGCCACCGAGCGAGAGGCUGAACCAGUUGAAUGAGGUGAUACACGGUCUCUAUGAAGUUUUCUUCGGCUCGCAAACUCUCUCUGAGUCUCAAUGCUUUCAGAAAUUGUCGACUGUCUCUGAUCAGUUGCUAUGGCUUCUCGAGUACAAAGAAGCCAAUGUUACAAAACUUGAAUUAAAAGGCACAUACAACAAGUAUUUUCUGGACGAAUUGUCGCUCAAUAUGUAUCACAUCCAUAAAUAUGAGCCCGACUCCAUCAUUUUUUCCCAGUCUACGAUCUUUGAUACGAUACGAAACACACAUCUCCAUCCACUUGAAGAAUCUCACCUUAGCUCAAUGAUAGAUCAGUUGAAUGUCAUCAAAGACCAAUACCUGUCACUUGAGGGGUAUUCCAAAAUAGUACAAGGAUUGGAAAAGUUAGUCCACUUUUACUCCCAGCUUGUGUCCGAAUCGGAGGUUCAACUCGUAAGGUUUUUGAAUAAGAAUUUCAACAACGAGCUAAGACAGCUCUCAAACCUCCAACUUCAAUUGGAAGAGUUGGAUAUAUACUUGGAAGAGAGCUCCACCAGGGAAAUUUCCUCUUACAUCGAGUCCUUGCCAAUUCAUACAACCAGGCCUGAAUCGCCAUCAACUUCUCUAGACAAUCAUUCAAUGUACCAGGGUUUCCAAAAUAAGCUGGGCUUUGAAAGCAGUGACACCAACUUUAAGAAUUUGGUAUACUUAUUUUUGCAAAUAUCGAGCUUCAAGUUCAAGUCCAGUCCACUGGACCAUGACUUUUCGAGUAAUAUCAAGUUGAUGUUGGCGAUAUAUCGUCGAAACUGUCACAUAAAUUGGAUGGAAAUCGCCGACUACCAAACGCUUGAAUGGAAGUUAAACACUUUUCAUGACUUCUUGUUCGGUAUGAUCCAGGAGGAUCUCGAUGAAAGACAUGUCUUGAAGGCAGUGUGUGAACGGAUCUUUGCCACACAGACGUUUUUUCCCGAGCUUGCAACUGAUGAACUACCGAAUUCUUCAGCCAUUGAUGACUCCCACCCCAGCUUUUCCAGAUCAAGUAUCAUUCUACCAAGAGAGGAUGAAGAGGAAUUAUUGGCUAAUGUUGAACGGUUGUUACCGCAAUUAAACGAGUUCAACUUUAAUUUCGAUCCGUCGUUUCCCAAGUCCUUGAAACUAUUUAUUAGUUUGCUCGACCCAAAUCAGGAGUUGACCACAGACAGUGAUUUACAGUAUCUUAACGAUUUGAUAAAGACCAUCAAUGCCAUUGUUGAUUAUGAAAACGAUGAAGCUGUAAAUAAUGGUGGUGACAUUUACAAUGCUUCUCUUCAAUUCUAUAAUCUACAUAUGUCAUUAUCCAUUGACAAUGUUAAUAAGAGUCCAAGCCUGACAUUAUUGAUGAAAUACUGUAUGUGUCAAGUUAAACACGAUACUUGCACAAUUACCAACACUCUCCAAAAAUGGAAUCUCAAAACAUUGAACAUAAGUCAAUUAAACUACACAUUGGACCAUGAUUGGGGGUAUUAUCAGUCGAGCAAAGUCGUUCGUUCAGUAUUUGAGGCCUGGCUUGGCUCCUUUGACAGACACAAAAGAAUGAGCUUGGCAGCUUCAGAGUAUCAUAGCAAAUCAAUCCAGGUGAAAAUUUUGUUCUCAAAGUGGAUACCCAAGCUGGUUAGCAUCAAGAGCUUGAUAGAAAGGGAACUGGACCAUUGUAGAACUAAGGCAUUCAAAAAAUGGAAAGAUAGAUACACUAAAACUCAGGAGCAGGUCUCCAGGGCUUGUGAAGUACGCAGGUCAAAGGUCACACAAACUGUUUUUGAACAUUGGAAGACCAGAAACGAAACAUUAAUGACGAUGACUUUUAAAUCCCAAUCCUUAAGGGAAACUCAUGAAACAAAACUCGACGCAUUGGUUUUAAGUUAUAUUUUUAAUAAUUGGUUCGUUAAGAUGAAUCGAUCAUCAAGCAAUCAAGGUUCUGGAUUGGGAUUACAGGAUCUUACUGACAAGCUCAAACUUCUAAGUGUAAGAGAAAAAGAUUUCUUGUUGAGACGAUUCUACCACAUUUGGAAGAACAAGCACGACAUGGAAGCUAGAGAAAGGGAAGUAAUUUCCAACAACUCGAAGUUCUUAAGUCGCUAUUUUUUUUCGAAGUGGGAACACCUUUAUAAGCUUCGGUUCAUCUCCAAUGAUUUUCAAAAUCAAAGGAACUCUAAAUUCAAAACCAAUGCAUUCUCUCAUUGGAAGGGAAGCACUGAGAUAAACUCCACUGCUUCCGCUUUUCACAGAAAGAAAUUGCUCCGUAGGAUUUGGAAUACAUGGAAAUUGAAAACCUUGGCGAGAAGAUUUCCCAGAAACAAGCUUGAAGUGGCUAAACAGAGGAGUAGCCCAGUUUCAAACAAUGAAUUUAUCUACACUCAGUUGCAGAUUACCUUCAAAAAGUGGUAUUUGGUUUUCAAAUGCAAUCAGUUGAGAAGCAAUAAUGAACUUACCCUUAAGUCUUUGGCAUUUACGCAAUGGAGGGGAAAAUCCAUGAGGAACAUUGAUAUGAUCCAUGCUGCUAGAACCUUCAAGGAAAAGAGCCUCAUACACAGCUAUACAAUGGCGUGGUACAAUGUUUUGGAAUUUCAGCAACGACUCCCGUCUAUAGCUGAUACAUUUUAUGUUAAGAGUUACUGGAAGAUUUUACAAUCAAAAUCAGAGCUUUAUCUGGUCACCCUCAAGAAUUUAAAAGAUGUACAUAUUGAUAAGUAUGCUCUUCGAGCCAAGUACUCCAUUGAAAGUCAGAUCCUUGUACAUUCAGUGUUGAAGUUAUGGAAGGAGAAAAGGCAACAAAGGUUUGAUGAUUUGGCUGAUCUCAAGAUUACCUAUCUUCAUAGGCGAAUUACUGUUCCAAAUACUUUAAAGAAGCACCUUGUUAAAUGGAUUUCUACCUUCAAUCGUCGGCAAAUGAAAUCUUCCACCUUGGAUCAAAGAUGUCAAAUGUUCUUGAAGAGGUCUCGGAUGAAGAGAUUCUUCCUUGAUAAAUGGAUUAAAAAGGUAUCUCACGUCAUCAAUUUGUCUGAAAUUUCUGACAGCUUUGGUAGUAGGUUACUCCACAAAAAGCAUAUGGUAAUUUGGUAUGAUAAAUACCUCAAUAAGGGAAGAUACUUGGAAGAAAUAGCUCAGGAAUUAAUCGACCAAAAAGAGCUCAAAAUACAAAGGGAAGUUUUAAGUGAAUGGUCAAUGAAGUACAUCAAGUUUAUUACUAGGCAUCAACAAAGCUGUAAUCUAUUCACAAGGAGAUGGGAGACCGCUAGACUAAAGUCCAUUUUCGAUUUGUGGGUAUAUAAACUUCAGGAUGAAGGCGAUGACCCUUCUCAGGUUUCAUUUGAUAGUAGCUCUCCAACAAAAAGAGCCAAUGUGUUUCUCGAUAUGUCUACUGAUUCAAUUAUUCUUAGUGAAUCUCCAUUAGCGUUCAAAAGGAAAGCUCCCACCAAAUACUCCCCAGGUAAACAACUCCAAAGUCAGUCCAUCUAGGAUGCAAACAAGUAUAAGAAUGAAGAAGGAAAGAAUACAGGCUUUGAGGGAACAUUAUAGCAAAGUAAGAGAUACAACAAAAAUCUCGCCCACAAGAACUUCAGCAAUAAAGGCUCCCAGAAGCGUACCGGCAGCUAAAGCUUACUCAUUUUUGACGGGUAAUACUAGACUAAGUCCUCCCAAGAGACCUGAGUUUUCGUCUACCCCCAAAAAAGAGAAUCCUUUUCCUACAAAUGAAGAUCCAAGAUGGCUGGGUAAAUUUGAAACAUAUGAUUCUAAUUCAAGAGAUCUAGAAACAACAGAGAGUCCCAUCAGACCCACUGUUACUUCAGCUAUGACUGACAAAGAUAUAGAAGAGGCCAAAACCUUGCGAAGAAUCAAACCAAUCAUUAUCCCCGAGUCUUUGGAGGAUGAGCCCAAAAUAUCACCCAUUAGUAUGCUCAAACAAAGGCACAGCAUAACUAAUCCAUAUUAGUUUGUAUAUUAAGUACUAUAAAGUCACUGUUCCAACUCGUCAAUCUGCUCGUUGAUUUGCUCUUUUACUUCUUCCAUAUCAGGUUCUUCUAAUUCUUCAAUUUUUGAAUAGGUUUCAGCAAUUGGUUCUCCAGGUUCACUAUUUAUUCUCCUGUAGAUAUAAAUGUAGUCUGUCUUCAAGACUGCAGAAUCCACAAAUUCUUUAAAAGCCGAAAAGUCCAUAGUUUUGAAGGAGUCCACAAAUGUAUUUGCAAGGUGCUUAACAAGUUUCUCUUUUGUAGGAUGCUGUUGGAAGAGGGAAACCACCGGGUAUAAUGAUAUUUGAGAAAACUUCUGGACGGAAGCAGCUUUUUCCCAAACAGGAUCAUUGACUCUUACUUCUGUGACUAAGAAAUCGAUAUGUUCCCAAAUUUUAUUGAGUUCACUCGGAUCCUCUGUCUUGUCAUAAACCACUCUUUGAUUGUGGAGUUCUCCGAAUCUAGAAGCACCUGUCAUGCACGUUGGUACAUCAAGGUGGAUCAAUAUCUGCUUCGAAGAAUUUGAAUUUACAGCCAAUUGGUUGACGAGUCUCAAGGCUUCUCCUCCGGGAUAAUUGAAGCUUGAUAUGUAAGCUUUUGAACAGGAACUAAUAAAACUGACUCCAACAAAGGCAACCAUUACGAAAACAGUCACCCUUCGGGACCACGAAGUCAAAGACUUGUCGACCAAGGAGGAGAUACCGUAUCCUGCUACCAAUGUUAAAGCAGGUACAAUGUAAAUGAUGAAUCUCCAUUCCUUGUGAGGUUGAAUAGACAUGACGGCCACAAAGAGAAUGGCACUAAUGAACAAGGCCCUCAAACUAUUCCAAGAUGGACGGUGGAUAACCUGUUUGUGGUCAUCGAGGACAACCAAGCCAUCAUCAGAAGGAUCGGAAAGAAGACCCAAGGGUAACAAAAGUAAAACCACAGGGGGGCUGAAAAGCUGGGGAAUGUAUUUCUUGAAGUAUGCAGCAUAAGGCUCUACUCCCCAGUCAGCAGAUUUUCCUUCCACAACAUUGAAUACAAACGCCAGGAGCUCUGGAAUCACAUUAUAGCCCCAAAAAUGGGAGUCCACCAAAAAAGAUAAAGCUGCCCCAAAGAAAGUUCCAAAUGCCAAUAGAAUCAAGUUGGUGAAUACGUUGGACUGACCAAACACCAAACUAAACACAAUUGCAGCAAUAAACCCAAGCACUCCGAUCUCAAGUCUGAACACGAUGCCGAUGAACGCUAACCAAGUCAACCCAGCCAUGUUACCUCUAACUAUUUUGGAGAGACCAAAGUUGAAAAAUGGUAAGGCGAUGAAGUUGGGUAAUGGUCGUGAAGCAUAAAACAAAAUAUGGAACUGGGACAAAAGCAACAACAAGUAACAGGUUCCAAUGUGAGACGGUCUUUUGUUCUUUCGUGCUUGAAAAUCGAUCUUAUUUACACUGGUAGCCAAAUUAUUAAACAGAUGAACGUUUGCAACUCCAA